AUGGGUGUUGCUCUUUUAAGGGUAAACACCUUGCAAAGCAAAUGGCGCUGGAAGUUGGGAAGAUCUCUUCAUGGUGCCAGAAUUCAAAAUUCUGAAACGAGCGAUUCGAAUGUAGAAUCGUGCCGUGGUCGUAAUUUAAACCCAGUUGAUGAGUCAAAUUGUGAGGAUGAGCGGGCCUUACAAAGCCUUCGGAAUGAGCCAUUAUACUCGGAUAUGACAAAGUUUGUUUCUAUCAAAAAGAAGCUGAGACAUCUCAAUGAGAAGUACGCCUUGCUUAUUCUUCCAUUCAUAACAACAUUAAGGGAAGGACUAGAAGCCGUUGUUUUUGUUGGAGGAAUUGGUGUCGACCAACCUGCAAGAUCGUUCCCUUUGGCAAUUGUAGCCGGUGCCAUCAUUGGUAUUGGUAUCGGUGUUGCAAUGUACAAAGGGGGAAAUCAAAUGUCUCUUCAGGUAUUUCUUAUAGCAUCGUCGUGUUUCCUCUAUCUUGUUGCUGCUGGUUUGAUGUCUAAAGGUGUUUGGUUCUUUGAAUUGGAACAUUUUGUUGAAAAGUGUGGCCAGGACACAUCUGAAACUGGUUCAGGUCCAGGUUCGUACGAUAUAUCCAACACACUUUGGCAUGUAAACUGCUGUAAUGGGCUUACAGAUGGUGGAUGGAUGCUUUUUAAUGCUCUUCUCGGUUGGACUAACACGGCAACAUAUGGUUCAGUGUCCUCUUACAUAAUAUUCUGGCUGGCCGUUAUUAUGUUUUUGAAAAUCAGGCUAAGAUGGGAAAGAUAUGGAUACAACUCAAUGUUGCCAAUCCGUUGGCAAAUAGGAUCCAUAAAGAAGAGAAUAAUAGCUGACAGGCUACUGUACCAGGAGUAUAUUGACUUAAAAAAUGGCACUGGUACUUGUAGUCCAAGUAAUACCAGUCGCGCAAUAGAGUCUUCUGGAGGUGAGAGAAAGGCAUUUCAUGUUACCAAUAACGAUGGAUCUUUACCAUUGGUUCCGUCUACCGCUAACUCAGAUGAAACAGAUGCUUUGCUAACCGAUUGUCAUUGA